AUUUGCUCCGUUCCGUUUCGUUGGCUGCUGGUAAUCUUCAAAGCAUUACCGCCACCACCAACAGUCCUUAUUGCUAUCUCCACCAACCGAGCAAAAACCGAUGACGACGGGGAGCACAGAUGCAGCACACAUCAUGGACCUCUCCUUCUCCUCUUCCGACGAACGCAAUGAGGCUUUAUCCCCUCUCGGCCUGCCGCUCCUUCACCGGAGGAGGACCAAAACGUUCACCAUAACGAUGUUCGCCGCAUCGAUCUUCCGCUCCAUCUUCCCCACCUUCCUGACGCCAACGUGCCACUGGCCGGCCUUGCCGGCCAUUGCACCCCUCAAGCCUACGCCUUCAGCUCGCAGGAAGGUCAUCGGAACGUUCUUCGGCCUUAAGAGGGGGCGGGUGAGCUUUACGGUGCAGACGGAUCCCCGGUCCGAGCCCGCCUUGCUUCUGGAGCUGGGCAUCCCAAUGAAUCAGCUAGUCAAGGAGAUGGCGACCGGUAUGCCGAGGAUACUACUCGAAUGCGACCGGAUUGCUACAACCAACACAGCCGACGCGAGCAAGAAGAAAAGCAAGAGUAGUUCUCCGCGGCGCUCGCUGUGGGAGGAGCCGGUGUGGAGCAUGUACUGCAAUGGGCAGCAGCGCGGGCACGCCGUGUCUCGCCGGUGCAACGGGGCCGACCUCCAUGUGCUGAAAGCAGUGCAGGCGGUGUCGGUAGGCGCCGGGAUGCUUCCACCUCCACCAGUUGCUCCUCCCCUUCCACCACCUCAUCCUCUGAAGAUGGGGAAGUGUGAGAAUGAAGGGUUAUCGUGUGGAGGUGGUGGUGGGGCUCAUUGUGAGCUGAUGUACAUGCGAGCCAAGUUUCAGAGGGUGGUGGGGAGCGUGGACUCGGAAGCGCUCUACAUGAUAAGCCCGGACGGCGGUGGGCGUGGAGGCAGCGGUUUCAAAUAUGACGCUCCUGAGCUCAGCAUCUUUUUAUUAAGGAUGUAGAAUAUAGUGUAAGGUUAAAUUAUUUCCGACCCCCUCAGUUCGUUCUAAUUGCUUGCUCACUGAAGCGUGGACUGAAUUCUAUGUACAUUCAUCAUAGGGAUAUCAUCCGUAGGUAAGUUU